AUGUCUGAAUCACUGCCACCACCUCAAAAGAAACAUAAACCGACAUCAUCUAAAUUAACUCGAGCAAUAUCAGCAUGUAAACGAUGUCGAACCAAGAAAAUCAAAUGUGAUCAAAAAUUCCCUCAAUGUGGGAAAUGUGAAGCCAACGGAGUUGAAUGUAUUGGGGUUGAUCUGAUUACAGGUAGGGAAAUCCCACGAUCUUAUAUUGUUCAUUUAGAAGAAAGAGUAAAAUUUUUAGAAGAAAAAUUAAAGUUACAAGGUGAGAUAGGUGGCAUUGAUGAUGAUAUUAAUACCCCUGGUGGUAGUAGUAAGAAUGGUGAUGAAUUGGUAAGUGAUAAACCAAGUAUUAAAAAAGAAAAUCCUUUGAUUAAUAGUAAACAUGAUUCUAUUGCAUUUUCAAAACUCAUGUCUACUGCGGUUAGAGUACAAAAUAGAUUAUCUGAUCCAAAUAUUAAAACAGGCUAUCUUGGGCAAAAUUCGGCCCAUACCACAACUACUGACACUGGCAUUGAUGAUACUAAUUGUAGUAUUGCACCAGCAGUAUUACCACCUAAAUCAACGGCAAUGCAAUUUCUUCGAGUAUUUUUCCAUCAAUGUAAUUCUCAAUUACCAUUAUUCCAUCGAGAAGAAUUUUUACGAGAUUAUUUUAUUCCCGUAUAUGGAGAAUUUGAUGAGUCAAUAUCCCUUGCAUCGAAUACUACUAGUAUUAAUAAAUCAUUUUUCAAGAACAUGGAUAAGACGUCUUAUUGGUUCGACAUUUAUAAAUCGAAAAUUCAACAACUUUUAUCUGAAAGUUCUACAAAAGACAUUCAAUCAAUUGCUAAUAAUAUAAUCCCCCCCAUCAAAUAUCGGAAACCAUUAUACUUCCUUAAUUUAUUAUUUGCAGUAGCGACUCUGGCUAAUCAUUUACGAUAUCCCAUACAUAUUUCUGAAUCAUUUAGAUUGGCUGCAAUGAGAUUUUCUCAGGAUGUCGAUAAUUCGAUUGAUCCUUUGGAACAUUUACAAGGAAUAUUAUUAUAUGCUGGCUAUUCAAUCAUGAGACCAACAAAUCCUGGGGUAUGGUAUAUUAUGGGAGAAGCAUUACGAAUAUGUGUUGAUUUAGAUUUACAAAAUGAAUUGAAAACAAAAUCAAAACAAAAUUUCAAUAUUGAUAAUUUUACAAGGGAUAAACGACGUCGAAUAUUUUGGUGUUGUUAUUCAAUGGAUCGACAAAUAUGUUUUUAUUUAGAUCGACCAUUUGGUAUACCAGAUGAAAGUAUUAAUACUCCAUAUCCUAGUGUUUUAGAUGAUUCCAAAAUUAUCCCCAAUGAUAAUACCACUGAUUAUUAUAAUUGUGGGGAUGAUGAUGAAAAUUUUAGUUAUAAAAAUGUUUCAAUUAGUUUUUUUAAAAUUAGAAAGAUACAAAGUCAAGUAACAAAAAUCUUGUAUACUAAUGCUGAAAUUCCUCGAGAAUAUAAAGAUUUAAAUCAUUGGAAACAAUCAAUUAUCUUACAAUUAACUCAUUGGAAACAAGAAUUAUAUUCCGAUUCAACCAUGAAACGAAUGAAUUGUGAUUUUAAUAAUAUUUUUUUCCAAUUAAAUUAUCAUCAUACAUUAUUAUACAUUCAUGGAUUAAGUCCUAAAAAUUAUAAAUUAUCAUUAAUUGAUUAUGAAAAUUUAACUAAUUCUUCAAUUCAAGUGAUUAAUUGCUAUACAGAAUUAUUGAAAACUAAAAGUAUUAAUUAUACUUGGGCUGGAGUUCAUAAUUUAUUUAUGGCAGGGACAUCAUAUUUAUAUGCUUUAUAUAAUAGUAAGGAAAUUCGAUUAAUUAAUUCAAUUGAGCAAGUUCAAAAUAUUACUAAUAAUUGUUUAUUGGUAUUACAAUCAUUGAUUGGCCGUUGUGAUGCUGCAAAUUAUUGUUGUGAAAUUUUCCAUAAUUUAACCAUGAUAAUAUUAAAUUUGAAAUAUUCCCCAGAUAAUAAGGGUUUAAUUACUUCCACUACUACUACCAUCAACAACCCUUCUUCUGCAUCAAAAGUUUCGCGAGAAAGUCUUUAUCGAAUUAAUAAUGGUAAUGUGCAUUCUAAUUUAUUUCAUUUAGUCACUGAAUUAGAUCAUUUAAACCCAUUAACAAAGGUUGUUAAUAGUAAUGAUCAAGAUAAUAUAAGCAAUGCUACUGAUGUUAUGUCAUCACCUUUAAUGGAUCCAUCAUUAUUACCAUUAAAUCAACAAACAAUAUUACAAUGGAAUGAUGAAGAUUUACAGAAUUUUUUAAAUGAAUUGAAUCAAUCUAACCAAUCAUCACCUAGUAAUUCAUCAAUUCGGGAUGAGAAAAAAACAUUUGAAUUAAUUCAUGAUAUGCCUAAUGAAAUAAUUUGGGAUGAAUUUUUCGCCAAUAAGCAAUGA